AUGCACAUCCUUGCCCAGACACCCACCCCCAUCCCUGCCCCCUUUGCUGCUCCCCAGGAGGAAUACGUACAGGAGGGCAUCCGCUGGACCCCCAUCCAGUAUUUCAACAACAAAGUCGUCUGCGACCUCAUUGAAAACAAGCUGAACCCCCCGGGCAUCAUGAGCGUCCUGGACGACGUGUGCGCCACCAUGCACGCCACCGGCGGCGGCGCUGACCAGACCCUGCUGCAGAAGCUGCAGGCAGCGGUGGGCACCCACGAGCACUUCAACAGCUGGAGCUCGGGCUUCGUCAUCCACCACUACGCCGGCAAGGUCUCCUACGAUGUUAACGGUUUCUGUGAGAGGAACCGGGAUGUUCUCUUCUCUGACCUCAUAGAGCUGAUGCAGACCAGUGAGCAGGCCUUCCUCCGGAUGCUCUUUCCUGAGAAGCUGGAUGUAGACAAGAAGGGCCGCCCCAGCACUGCUGGCUCCAAGAUCAAGAAACAAGCGAAUGACCUGGUGGCCACCCUGAAGAGAUGUACGCCCCACUAUAUUCGCUGCAUCAAACCCAACGAGACCAAGAAGCCCCGUGACUGGGAGGAGAGCAGGGUCAAGCACCAGGUGGAGUACCUGGGCCUGAAGGAGAACAUCAGGGUGCGCCGGGCUGGCUUCGCCUACCGCCGCCAGUUCUCCAAGUUCCUGCAGAGGUACGCCAUUCUGACCCCUGAGACGUGGCCCCAGUGGCGUGGGGAUGAACGUCAGGGCGUCCAGCACCUGCUCCGGGCGGUCAACAUGGAGCCAGACCAGUACCAGAUGGGGAGCACCAAGGUCUUUGUCAAGAACCCUGAGUCGCUUUUCCUUCUGGAGGAGAUGCGAGAGCGCAAGUUCGAUGGCUUUGCCCGCACCAUCCAGAAGGCCUGGAGGCGCCAUGUGGCAGUCCGGAAGUACGAGGAGAUGCGGGAGGAAGCUUCCAACAUCCUGCUGAACAAGAAGGAGCGGAGACGGAACAGUAUCAACCGGAACUUCGUCGGGGACUACCUGGGGCUAGAGGAGCGGCCGGAGCUGCGCCAGUUCCUGGGCAAGAGGGAACGCGUGGACUUCGCUGACUCGGUCACCAAGUACGACCGCCGCUUCAAGCCCAUCAAAAGGGACUUGAUCCUGACGCCCAAGUGUGUGUAUAUAAUCGGACGGGAGAAGGUGAAGAAGGGACCAGAGAAGGGCCAGGUGUGUGAGGUCCUGAAGAAGAAGCUGGAGAUCCAGGCCCUCCGAGGAGUUUCCCUUAGCACAAGGCAGGACGACUUCUUCAUCCUCCAAGAAGACGCCGCCGACAGCUUCCUGGAGAGCAUCUUCAAGACCGAGUUCGUCAGCCUCCUGAGCAAGCGCUUCGAGGAGGCGGCGCGCAGGGCCCUGCCCCUCACCUUCAGCGACACACUACAGUUCCGAGUGAAGAAGGAGGGCUGGGGCGGAGGUGGCACCCGCAGCGUCACUUUCUCCCGUGGCUCCGGCGAGGUUGCCGUGCUCAAGGCUAGCGGCCGGUCCCUCACAGUCAGCGUGGGCGACGGGCUGCCCAAAAGCUCCAAGCCUACACGGAAGGGAAUGGCCCAGGGAAAACCUCGAAGGCCAGUCCAGGUCCCUACCCGGGCAGCCCCUGGGCCUCCCAGAGGCCUGGACCACAAUGGGGUGACUCCUUCUGCCAGAAGGGGGCCCCUGCCCCUGGAGAUCACAUCUGGAGGGGGCUUCCAGCAGCCUCUCCGGGGCCCUCCAUCCUCAGCCCUGAGGGCCAGCAGGCGCCCCCGGGCACGGCCCCCCUCGGAGCACAGCACAGAAUUCCUUAACGUACCUGACCAGGGUGUGGCAGGCAUGCAGAGGAAGCGCAGUGUGGGGCAGCGACCUGUGCCGGGCGUGGGCCGACCCAAGCCCCAGCCUCGGACGCAUGGCCCGCGGUGCCGGGCAUUGUACCAGUAUGUGGGCCAAGAUGUGGACGAGCUGAGCUUCAACGUGAACGAGGUCAUUGAGAUCCUCAUGGAAGAUUCCUCGGGCUGGUGGAAAGGCCGGCUGCAUGGCCAGGAGGGCCUCUUCCCAGGAAACUACGUGGAGAAGAUCUGAGAGGGGGCCCGGAUUUGGCCUCCUGCCUGCCUGCCAAGGAGCCAGGCCCUGCCGGCCAGGGCCUGGUUUUCCUUGGCCACAUUAGCCAGAAGGUCCAGUCCUGGGGCCUCCAGCCCAGUCCAGCCCAGCCCAGGCCCUGGGUCUGGGGGUCACCACUGCAGCCACCCCAGGGCCCUGGCAUCCCCCAUGUCACACACCUCCUGUGUCAAACAGGGCUAACAGCAGAAUCUACCUCCCAGCUGCCUUGUGAGUAUAAAUGAGUUGUGUCCUGUCGGCAAACUGCCAAGCACAGUUGGGGGCACCUUGACAAGUGAGACUCCCCUUCUUCUGUCAUCACUGAGGCAAUAAAUAUUUGCCAGGUGAAA